AUGCGCUUCUUUACAUAUGAACCAUUGUGGACUGUUCAACAAGUCCUAAAGAAGCUUAAACGUUUUAAAAUUGCAGGUACUCAAGAACAUGCCCUGAUCCUGUUUUGUCGCAUCUAUUUUGGAUAUGAAAUUCGUGACAAGCGACAAUCUAGAGUAAUUGUUUACGAAAAGGCAGACUUUAAUCUGUAG